AUGGCCUCCUUCGCGAGAGGCCUCGGCCUGGGCCUCUCCCUCUUGGCCCCGAGAACCGCCCCCCUCUGCGCGACACCGCAGCCCCUCCAACCCUUCUCCCGACGCUUCUUCGGCUCCAUCACCGCCUUACGGCACGCCGCGAAACCUCCCUCCUCCUCCCGUAUAGCCACAAGCGUCCCUCGCGCCGCGACCGCCCCGAAGACCCUGACGCCGAAACCGAAACCGACCGCCCCGGGCCCGACGAGGACCGUCUCCCCCGCCGCCGCGGUGUCGUCCGCCGGCUCCGCCUACGCCCUGACGGCGCAGCUCGCGCAGCGCAGCCAGCCGACGGUGCUGUACGAGGCCGGCUCGCACUUCUGGAUGAAGCUCUCGGCCUGGGCCGCCAUGCUCAUGUUCUACUCGUACGCCGGCAUCAACUACUACACCAUGCUCCUCCACCCGCCCGAGGACAUCGCCGCCUGGGUCCCGCACGCCUUCGCCGUCAUCUGUCUCGCCAUGGCCGGCUUCGGCUCCUACUUCUUCUACAACACCCGCAACAUUGUCCGCCUCGUCCGCGCCGUCCCCACCGCCCUUCUCGCGCCAAACGCCCGCGGCCUGGCCCCCGGUGCCGGCGCCGCGCUGAACCCCAAGACGACUCCGAUCCACCUCGAGAUCACCUGCAAGCGCAUGCUGCCGGGCCGCACCAAGGUCCUCGUCGUUCCGCCCCAACAGGUCUCGAUGCCCGGCCGCAUCGUCGCGCAAGCGGCGCCGUCGCACGCGUCGCCGGCGCGGGAGCGCGCCGCGGCCCGGCAGGAGCAGGCCCGCGCCCGCGCCGAGUGGGAGUACGACAAGAACCACCUCAUGACAGUGCCGUUCCGCCACGCCGGCAAGGGUUUCCGGGCCGCGUGGUACGGCAUCAGGAGGGCCGUCACCAGGGAGGGGUUCAUGCAGAUGGAGGUCGGCAGCCACAAGCUCAAGCUCGACGUUGCGUCCGGGUGGGCGCUCGAUGACGGGCGCGCCAUCGACCGCCUGGUCAAGAUCGGGGCUUGA